GUUCGAGAGCGCUUAGAGAAACAUCCAGAGAUCAAGAUCAUGAGUCUGGAUUCUGACAAGCGCAAGGACGAGGAUGCCCGGCGUGAAGCACUGCAAACUGCGGAUGCCGCUGUUCUGUGCCUCCCAGAUGAUGCAGCUGUCGCGGCUGUGGCACUCGCAGAAGGUUCUGACACAGUUAUCGUGGAUGCCAGCACAGCUCAUCGAGUUGCUGAAGGUUGGCAAUAUGGCUUUCCAGAAAUGAGUAGCGAGCAGGCCGAGGCCAUUGCCAAGUCAAAACGUAUCGCCAAUCCCGGUUGCUAUCCAACAGGAGCGCAGAAGGGCCACAACAGCCUGGAAUACGGCAAAGAGCCAACAGCCACUCCGCAGGAUGUAACACCUUUGCCAAAGCCGCAACCGGAGGAGGCCUUGAAGCUUUUGGCCCGACUUCAACAUGGAGACGGUAGUUGGGAGCCGUCCGAAGAACUCGCGCUUGGGCUGGGUUUGCACGUUUUCGCCUUAGAGAUUCCACGGAAGCCAGCGCAAGACGUGCCAGCCUGGAGCGUGGUAGUGAGUACCACUUUGGCAUGCCAGGCACUUCAGAGGUGUAUUUCGAUCAUCGGGUCCGCCAAAACCGAUGCUUCUGCUGGCAGGAGCGAAGCGCUGGCCGUAGCUGCAGAGCAUUCAGUCCUUGGGAGCAAAGUGCUGGACGUAGCUGGAGAAUGGCUUGAAGCGGCGUGGGACAAGGCAAAGCAGCAUGUCCGAGCACGACAGCGUCAUGAACUGGAUCUAAAAGUGAAAUCCAUUUUGGAAGAACUUUUGCCUUUGCCCAGUUGGAAGGAACAGCUGAAGGCUAAGAUGGCAAUUCACAAGACUUGCGAAGUCUGUGGCAGUGAAUAUACAGCUGCUGUAGGCAAAUGCACGAGAUGCUUUCCACCUGAACGGCCUACCGUUGAUGUGGAGCAGGACAACCGAAAGUGGCGGUCUUUGUCACCAGCGCCUCUCCACGUAGACUGGCAGCAGUGCGAAGGAGCACUUCACGUGGAGGGUGGCUCUGGUGGUGUGACAUUGCUACAUGUUGGAGAAGGUGUUCUGGUUUUGAAGAAACAGAGAAUGACCGCUGCAGCGGAGUUCUUGGCCAUCCAGGUUGCCAAAGCUAUUGGCAUCCGAGUUGCAGACAUGAAUGAUCUCUACAGCAGAUCUUUGCAACUCUUCUACGUUGAUGGCUUUGCAGAUGCCAUGCCGCCGCAAGUCCGCGUGCUUAAUGUUGCGGAGAAGCCCUCAGUCGCCCGUGAGAUUACCAAGCAUUUGGGAGGGCAGAAUACAUCUAGGAGGAACAGCCAUGGAGUGCAAGUCACAGAGUUCCCUUUCACGCUGCAGCAGACCCCAUGCAAAAUGGUGGUCACCGCUGUGCGGGGGCAUUUGUUGGAGCUCGACUUUACAGCGCAGUACAAGGUCUGGAAAGCGCAUGAUCCAGCAGUUCUUUUUCAAGCGCCUGUACAACGAAAGGCGCCUCAAGAAGACCUGGCACGCAUGUUGCACGACCUCGCGAGGCAAUGCCAAUGGCUCGUCUUGUGGUUGGAUUGUGAUAGGGAAGGUGAAGCCAUUGCAUUCGAGGUCAUUGAGACUUGUCAGCAAGCUGCAGGUGGACGUCUCCGCGUUUUCCGCGCCGUUUUUUCGGCCUUGACUGCUGCAGAUCUCACUGCGGCGUGCCGAAACCUUCGAGCACCAGAUCGGCGUUUGGCAGAUGCUGUGGAAGCUCGGCAGCUGUUUGACCUUCGAGCUGGUUCGGCAUUCACACGCUGGAUGUCUUUGCGAUACCAACCGAUGUUCCCAGAGCUUGCAGCAGAGACUUUGAGCUAUGGACCGUGCCAAUUUCCCACACUUGGCUUUGUUGUAGAGCGCUUUCUGCGCAUCCAACGCUUUGUGCCAGAAGCCUUUUGGACAAUCAAAGCAGAGAUACAAAAACAAGGACGAGCUAUUCCGUUUGGAUGGCGACGUGGUAGGCUGUUUGAUCGUCUCGCGGUUCUCGCUUUGUUUGAGUUGGUGGUGGAGCAAUCGCCGAACGGUGCAAUGGUGGUGAAUGUUUCCGAAGAGCCAAAGAGCCGAUGGAGGCCAUUGCCAUUGAACACUGUGGAGAUGACAAAGUUGGCCGCGUCGAAGCUGCACAUGUCACCACAACGAUGCAUGCAGCUAGCGGAGGAGCUCUACCAAAAAGGUUUCAUCUCUUAUCCUCGGACAGAAACAGAUCGUUUUCAAGCGACAAUUGAUGUUCGUGGCUUGGUUCAAGUGCAAACCUCAUCCACCGUGUGGGGAGCAUUCGCUCAGACCUUGUUGGCUGGGCGUUUCACAUCACCACGAGCUGGUUCUAAUGAUGACCAUGCGCACCCUCCUAUCCAUCCAGUACGCCGCUGUGAGCGACACGAGAUCACUGAUGAGUCCUGGCGAAUCUAUGAGCUGAUCACCCGGCACUUCUUGGCAUGUUGUUCUCCUGAUGCUAGGGGAAGUCGGACCGAAGUGGAGAUUUCAUGUGCAGGGGAGUUCUUUGUCAAGGCUGGAGUCAUCGUGCAUGACCGAGGCUGGCUAGAUGUCUAUCCUUACUCCAACUGGGUGGAAGAUGUUUUGCCUCCUUUCCAAAUCAACGAAGUUUUGCCCUUCUCAGUGCUUGACAUGAUUGAAUCUGCUACUCAGCCUCCUCAACUUCUGACUGAAGCAGAAUUGAUCGGACUGAUGGACAGGGAGAAAAUCGGAACCGAUGCAACCAUGCAUGACCACAUCCAAAAGAUCCAGAGCAGGCUCUAUGCAAUCAAGAAUGCAGACGGACGUUUGCAGCCAUCUCGCUUGGGCAUCGCGUUGGUCGAAGGAUACCAGCGUUUUGCGCUCGAAGAAGGUAUGGAUUUGUCGAAGCCAGUACUUCGUGCACGCAUGGAGCGUGGUAUGGAAGCGAUUGCCCAAGGCCGCUUGCAACGAGAGGACUUUCUACGAGAAGCGCUGGAUAUCGCUCAGCGCUGCUACAUAGCACUUGAGCGCAAUGCGCCAGCUCUGGAUCAGGCCCUGAGUCAACACUUUGCAGGUCGUUCUGAGGUGGUGAGGAGAGCACCAGUGUUGCAAGCUGCUUUCUCGGGAUGCCGUUGCGGUGCAAGUUUGGAACUGCGAUGUCACACAGCUGUGGGAGAUGGUGGUGGACGGGCAGAUGGUGGUCCAGGUGGUCCAGGUGGUCCAGGGCAUGGUCGAGGUGGAGCUGGUGGAGCUGGUGGAGCUGGUGGAGCUGGUGGUCGGCGGGGCCGUGCUCGUGGCAGGGGCGCUGCACGCGGAAGAGGUGGAGCUGGUAGAGCUGGACGUGGCAAAGGACGAGGACGCGGUGCAGGCGGUGCAGGCGGAGCAGGCGGAGCAGCUCGAGACCCGCGAAGCGAGAGGUUCUUGGUUUGCCCCAAUGGUGGCUGUGGAAUGGUCCUUUCAGUACCAUCCAAAGCUGUUCAAGUGCUUACUCCCUUCAACCACAGGUGCCCAAUCUGCAGCUUCCAGGUGAUUCACAUUCGAAAUCGAGAGACGGGAAAGGACCACAAGCUUUGCCCAUAUUGCUUCAACUACCCGCCUCAAGACUUGCAUCCAGGUGUCAAAGAUCUCCGCUGCUUCCAGUGCGCUUAUUCAGCCUGCGCGCUUGCUGGUGGGCGACCCUCACCGCCAGUUGUGGGAGCUGCUGCACCAGUGCCACCGGCAGCUAGAGCUCACCCAAGGGGCCCAAUUCCAGACUUUUGAAGGCUGAACAGAAAAAUUAUGAAAAAUUGAUAGAAUUUGGCCAGAAACCAAAGGCUGUUGGGAGACAUUUGGGAGUCUUGCUAAUGCAAGGCAUUCGUUGCGUGUGUCGCAAACUCUUCUGGAGAAACUUGCACUGGUCAGACUUUGCAGCCUUGCGCAGACUGCAAAGCGGUUUGCUGCAUUUUGGUUCGCACAAAUUGUGACUUAUGUAUAUAACCUACGAUGAGUAGAGGAAGGCAAUUUGACCGUGCAUAGAAUUGCUGGCUUGGCAGUGGUUGCGUAGAAUGAGCCAGUCGGUGACAAAAAUACAAAGUGGAAAGAUGAAGCGAAAA